CCUCGCCUCUUUUCUGACUCUGCUCAUUGUUUAAUGUUUCCUGAUUUUCUUAUUUUUUCCGGUGGGCCGGUUCCCUCCUCGGUCCUGGGGCUGGUUGAGUUCCCCCGGCCCUCGGCGGCCCCUGGGCUCGGGACCGGCCUUUCCCUCCCGACGCUCCGGCUGCUCUGGCCUUUCCUUCCCAACCUUCCAGGUGUUCUAGGUCCGACAAGUGCUGGAAGGACUGGUGUGUCCUGCCCUGUUGCCUGUGGAGCUGCUUGCCCUUUUCUCCUUUAUUUUUCUUUCUCCUUGUUCCCUUUCUCCUUUAUUUUUCUAAAACUGGUUGUGCUCUCCUGGGGACAGAACUCCUUUCCCUCCCAACACUCCAGGUGUUCCUGUCUGCCUGGUCUCAUGGUGACCACCAUGAGAGCAGCUCCCUGCCCAUGGAGGUGCUUCCAGGGUGGUCACUUGGUCCUGGGAGUGCUUCCCAAGGGUUGGGAGCUGCCUGCUGCUCCUGGGGGCACCUCCCAGAGGUGAGAACUGCUUGAGGGGUGAUGGGUGCCCCAUCAGCCAGUGAUAAAUGGUUCCCUGGUACUUUUUCCAGGUGGUUGUAACUGGUGUGUUGUUCCCCCUCAUCGCUGACAACAGCCUGUGGCAGUUUAAUCUUUUAGGGAGGUUGUGGGACUUCCAAAUGCAAUUCAGCAUAUGGUAAAGUAGGGAAAUGCCAACCAAGGUUCUUAUCAUGGAGUGGUGUGCUUUUAUCAUGAUUUUCCCAGAAAAGCCAUCUGGACCCUUUUCCCUGGGAGGCUGUUAUUUGUGUGGAUCCCUGUGGCAUCCUUCAUGGCCUCCAGGCUUCCUUGCUGCUGAUAUUCCUCAUCAAUUCCUUAUCUCCCGUCCCAAAACCUUACAAAAAGUAGCAUCACCCCAGUCCCUCAAGCUGGAGCUGAGCAUGGGGUUGUACCUGUUGUUCAUCUUUCUGCUCUUGUGCACAGUUUGGUUCUAGCAGUUCCUACUAUUUGUUUUCAAGCUCUUUAUUCUCUCUGAGGUGAUCAUCUCAUGUAGCCUCAAAACUUAAAUCCUACAAUGUACACACUUACAAUUGUUGCUGUUAGUAAUGAAGGAAUUGGAUUAUUUGUGGAUUAAAAACAAUUUAUUGUUUAGAUUAAUAUUGGUUUUAGAGAUUGUGAGAUUUUAAAGGAGUGAGUUGUUGGUUAUAGUUCAAGAGUAGUUAUAAGUUUUUUGUUACAAGACAGUAUAUGUUUUUUAACUAGUAGAUGGAUGUUACAAGGUUUAUUUUGCUUUUUAACUUCUUAUCUUGACUUAAUUUUGUUGUACUGUGGAUACUUUUCUCUAGUGGGCUUCUGUUUUACAUGUACAUAUGCUUUUAUUAUAACUUCUAAACUCUUAGCUUAUUCUAUACAACUACACCUCUACAUUAUAAACUUUUCACUAUCUUAUUGAUAUAGUUUGUCACUUAAGGCAUAUUAUUGCUUACAACUAUAGCAACAUAAGUUUAUGAUUUUUCUGCUUAAUGGCUGUAUAUUGUGUUUUUGUAUUAAUCUAAGCUUCUUCUAGAGCUAUAGAUCAAAUCCUUCCAUGUUUGUGGAAGUUUCUGAUUCCCACACACACACUGUAAAAUCUUUUAAUUCUUGCUGAUGCUGUGUCCCUUCAGCCCUAAGCAGGGGUUGGCUGCACAGGCACGUGGGGAAGGUGACUUGCACUCUUUUUCCUUCCGUGAAUUGCACCUUCAUCCUGAACUUGCUGGUUUCUCUCUGCCCUCCCCCAGAUGUGCCACCCGCUCUUGGGACAUCUCUUUCCCAGCUGGGCAUCCUCAUGUCUGAGAACCCCGUGCUCCCAGCAGACAGCUACUCCUCUCUGCAGCUUCUGUGUUACUUGGAAAUCAUUUUAGACUUUGGCCAUCCUUCUGGCUCCUGUCACACACCAUCCUGGCUGUCCCUCCUGAAAUGAGGUGCUCUGGCAGUGGAGCUCUCAUUCCUCUGGCUCCUGUGGAGAUACUGACCUACACCACAGCCACUGUCUGUGAAGGCAGCAGUAUCUGAGCCCAGGCUCUGUGUGUAGCUCAGGACACAGACCAGGACAUCCUGUGGCCUUGGGCUUGGCAUGGGGACAUGGUGACGCUCUGGAGUGUUAUUUGGAUGGGGAGGUUGUGAUUUCCUCUCUUCUGUGUCUGCAGUGCAGCCUGCAGUGACCCUUGUGGCACUUCACACCCACUUGGUGGUUUGGGAGUCUCCACCUACAAUGGGAUCCUGCAAUGGAGCAGAACCAGCUUGUUCAGCAGCUGUGAUUUUGGGCUGCCAAGAUCUUUAUCUUCCAGAGGGCGUCACACCUGGGCCCUAUGACUGCCUCCUGCACAGAUUUUGAGAAGCCAAGUCAUUAUUGGCUUAUAAUACCAUUAGUGUCCCAACUUUUGGGUUUCCACCUCUUCCUUGGCUGGGUAGCUCUGUGCAAAGGUGUGUGUAAGUGUUUCAUCUCUGCUUCCCUCCUGCCCUGUUGCCUGUGGAGCUCCUUGCCCAAUUGUUCUCUUUCUCCUUUAUUUUUCUAAAACUGAUUAUGCUGUCCUGAGGACAGAGCUCCUCCAGGCUGAUCCAUGAUGUCCAGGCCCUUUUCCUCAGAUGUUUGGGUUUUUUUAAAGCACUGUGAGGAGUGGGUGGUGGUGACAGAGUCCUGGAUGCCUGGAUCUGAAUUUCUGGUGACUAUUUGCAGUGAAUCUCUGGGGCAUCACAGGAUCUCCUGGUGACCGAAAGCUUUCUCAGCAAAGAAGUCACCUGCGUGGUGUCCAGCAACAGAGAGGCCAAGCAGGGCCAGGCCAGGGCUCGGGAGGAGAAGCAGAGCAGCCCAGCUGCACAAGGCACAAAACCCACGAGCUCAGUGCCUGCUGCCCCCAAAGGAGCCCCAGCCAGACCUCGCCAGAAGCCACCAUACACUGCACUGCUGAGCCGGGGGAAGGAGCUGCUGAACAAGGCCAUGAAGAACCAGGACACCUGCAGUGGCAGCAGCAUCCUCGCCAACGCUCGCCUGUGGGGAGUCCAGAUCCUGCAUGUGGAUGAAAUGUUGUCCUAUGCCCAGCAGCUGCUGCGAGCCAUCUCGGGAGCAAGGAAGCAGUGCCAGAAGACAGAGGUGAAAUGCCCUGCCUCCAGAUCCAAAAUUCACAAAGGAAAAUUGAAGCCCCCUUUUCUGAAAGUUGAAGACCAGAGCAGGCAAUUCCGGCCCUUCCAUCACCAGUUCCAAAGCUUUCCUGACCUCAACUUCCUGGCACCCAAAAGCUCCAGCCCAUUUGAGCCUCUGAAAAGCCUCUCCAAUUCCUGCCAAGCCAGGGGUGCUGAGGGCUGUGCCCUGCACAGCGCCGGGGGGAAGAGCCCCCGCUCCACACACGUCACCGUGCCCAGGAAAAGGAGGGGGUUUUGCGAGUGCUGCCAGGAGACCUUUGAAGAGCUGCAGAAGCAUCUCCAGAGCCCCCAGCACCAGAGGUUUGCCAGGGACAGCUCCCAGUACAUCCCUGUGGAUCGUGUCAUCUCCCAGCUCACCAACAGCUUCGUGGAGUGGUCAGCCAAGGUGCCCUGGUCCUGCCUGGCAGAGGAACGUGUAAUGCCUCAAGCACACAGCACUGGAGGAAUGCAGCUGCUGCCAGCAGAGCUGGGAAAGGAAGGGGAACAGCCUGAACAGGGUGCUGUGGAACUGGUAACGGAUACAGAGCUGGAUCAUGGCCUGAAAACCCAGGGACAUUCCCCCUGCCUGCCCAAGGACAGGGUCAGAGAUCCCAGAGGAGGAGGAGACUUGUCAAAGCACAGCUCCCUGCAGCUGCCAAGGGGAGCAGGGCUCAGCAGUGGGGCCUGUGCUGCCCAUGGUACCAUGGAGGGGGCUGGGCAGGGGGCUUCAGGUUUAGGCUUGGCUCCUGAGCUGGGCUGGGGGCCUUGUGCAGCACCCACUCCUGUCAGAGAGGCAAUGCCUUCUUCAUCUGAACCUCAUACACAGCCUGGGUCUGUCAGCCACCCUCCCCAAGCACAGCCUGCCUCCAGGAAGCGCCAGCUGUGCUCCAGACAGAGCUCCCAGGUGGGAAAGAGGCCCAGGCUGGAGCUGGGUUUUGGCCUCUCCCCUCUGGGUGAGCAGAUGGAGCGGGUGGGUGGUGGGAUGGGGGCACAGGGCGCAGGGCAGGUGUCUGAGCCAGCCCUGCCCGCUGUGGUAGGGGCUGGCAGCCUGCCCCUGGGCACAGAGCUCUCCAGCAGAACUCACAGCUCCCUUGCUUUGGAUCUGUGCCUGUGUGAGAGCCCUGGGGACCCUGUAUCCCAGCCGGGAUCCCCGGGAGCCGUGGCUGCAGGUUUGGAUGCUGGGGAGGCAGCUGCAGCCAGCACUGCCAGCGAGCGUGGCUGGAGCAGGGACAGAUCCCAAGGGAAACUGCACGGAGGGGACGGUGACAACACACCCAGGGAUGGGAACAGGCCUGCUCUGGAGAGCACAGCGAGCAGGACCAGCUGCCCUGCUGGCUGCCUGCCCUCUCCCACACUGCCUGUGGCUGCAGGCAGAUGUUGCUGCUCGCUCCGUGUCAGGGCAGCAGAAGAAGCAGCCCCUGGAGCUCCCGGCGUGCCCAGGCAGGGCACGGAGCGGGCGCAGAGCCCCAAACUCCUCCUGCCUGCUCCCCAGAGCCCAGAGGCUGCUCAUGGCUUCAGGAGUUCCUUGGAGUCAGACUGGGACGUGCAGCUGCUCCCCAGCCUCUCAGGUGUCCAGGGCUGCAGGAUUCCAGCUGUGGACAGGGACUUGCUGCAGCAGCCACACGUCAGGCUGAGGGACAGCGGGUACAAGUCUCAGCUCUGCCCUGUGCUGGAGGAGUCAGAGCUGGCCUGGGCAGCCAGAGAGGACAAGAGCUGCAGGAACUGCUGCACAGAGACCAGAGGAACCUCUUUCCCCAUACUUGGGACGUUGUUUGGCAGCUAAAAUCACCUGCAGGCUGCUCUCUGGACCCUCGGUGGGAGCUGAGGAGGGGCUGGGAUGGGAUUUACAGAGGCACCCUCCAUGCCAGGACCAGGAGGCACAUCCAGGAGUGAGGACAGCACUGGCAGCGUGGGCAGCUCUCCCAGUGGGAAUUGAUGGGGAUGCAGUGGCUUCCCUGUCCUUGGCUGUGAUCUUCCCUCUUCUCUGCUGGCCACGUUUAGAGCCAGCAGCUUCCUCUAAUUCCUCACAGGACUCGCCACUGACACAGUGGUGCCUCUGGAAGUCUCUGUCCAACACCAAUGCGCUCUUUGCCCUUCCAGAGGAAGAGCUGUUCCUCCUCUCACAUGGUCCCCAGAGCUGCAAAGACUUAGGAAAGGAGGGUCAUGGAGAUGAGAUUUGUGCUCCUCAUGUGGUCUGGGGGUUGUCUUUGAGUAUUUUCAGGUGCUUUUAACUUGUUUUGGAUUUUUUUACAAACUUUUAAACUUUGAAAUAAAAUGGAGGGAUGAGA